AGUGAACACCACUUGUUACAAGCUCAAGGUUAUAAAACAUUUAGAACACUUGUUCUAGAUUUCGUUUUUGUUUGAGUGGCAAGUUCGUAUGCCCGAAAUUCGCUUCAAAUACAUGCCGAUGGUAGAGCUCACGCUUAAAAUGGAGAAAAAGUUAUCUUUAUGUGACCUAUGCCUCUGCGGCUGACGCUCUGCAAGGUGGACUACGCCGCACUGCUUCAGGCUGGACGUCAAAACAGCUGCGCGCCAAUUUUCACGUCGUGUAGAUACCGCGAUUUCCGAAGACUUGUUGCUGUUUCAAUGGCACGCUGACGGAACCCUGAAACGUGCCACUUCUUUGCAGUUUGUCUGAAUGCUCUUCCGACAGGAUCGACGAUGAGCUCGUCAGACGCCUUCAGAAUCCUCGUAGCCACUGAUUUGCAUCUCGGUUAUGAAGCGAAGGACGCCGAAAGAAAACAAGACUCCAUCAGGACGUUCGAGGAAAUACUCCAGAUCGCGCCCGAGCAGAAUGUCGACUUCAUACUGCUCGGUGGGGACAUGUUCCACGACAACAAGCCGCCGCGCUGGGUUGAACACGAGACAUUACGGUUGCUGCGCCAGUACUGUCUCGGUGACAAGCCAGUGCAGUUUGAGAUCCUGAGCGACCAGGCGGAAAACUUUGGCUUCUGCGCCUUCCCCAACGUUAACUACGAAGACGCCAACCUCAACGUCUCGCUCCCGGUGUUCACCAUCCAUGGAAACCACGACGACCCGACGGGCUCCGAAAACCUCAGCAUCAUCGAUGUCCUCGCGACGUCGGGACUCGUAAACUAUUUUGGAAAGGUGACGGACCUGACGAACGUGCGGCUGUCGCCUGUUCUGCUGCGCAAGGGGCGAAUGCUUCUGGCUCUCUACGGCUUGGGCUGGAUCCGGGAUGAGCGGCUACACCGGCUGUUUCGUGAGAGCAAGGUGCGAAUGCUGCGUCCUCGCGAGUGGACUGACAAGUGGUUCAACCUCUUGGUGCUCCACCAGAACCGGGCCAAGCACGGCCUCACCGACUACAUUCCCGAGGACUUUCUCGACGAGUUUCUUGACCUGGUCGUCUGGGGUCACGAGCACGAGUGCCUGAUUGAGCCAGAGUUCAAUGGCAGGUUCCAUGUGACCCAGCCAGGCAGCCCCGUAGCCACUUCGCUUUGUCCGGGUGAGGCAGCUCCCAAGCACGUUGGCAUCGUGGAGAUAGCCAUGGUUGAUGGCAAGAAGUCUCACAAGCUCACCAAGAUUCGCCUGAAGACUGUGCGGCCCUACUACAUCAAGACGGUGUCGCUGUUUGACCUCGAGGAGAAGGUUGCGGCCAUGGGCAAACGAGCCAACAGCAAAACCUUCUCAGAGCAUGCACUUGACUUCUGCACCCGGCACAUCGAGGACAUGAUUGAGCAAAGCAUCCGCGAGCACCCCAGCAGCGGGCCGCAACCCAAGCUGCCACUUAUCCGCCUCCGCGUUGAACACGGCAUCGACCACGAGACUUUCAGCCCGCACCUGCUGGCCCGUAUCUUUACCGGUCGUGUGGCCAACCUGCGCGACAUUGUGCUCUUCACCAAGCGGCGGGGCACCGUCGGCAAGGACGACGGUGCUGUGGACCUGAACUGUUUGCAGGAGAUUGCAAACCCCGAGGCACUGGCGCGGUCCCGCGUUGAGGACCUGGUUCGCGAGUACUUCGAGACGGUGGACGAGACGCUGCACAUGACCGUCCUUACCGACGCGGCGAUGCAGCGGGCCAUGAACCUGUUCGUGGACAAGGACUGCACCGACGCCAUCAUGGGGGCCAUCAAGAUGCAAGAGACCCGAGCAGUCACCGAGCUCGGAGAUGUUCCCGAGAGCAAGCUGAUUGAAGAGAUUUCUCAGCUCAAGACGCGCUUUGCAGACCAGCCCGACAUCAGUGCCGAGGAGAUCGAAAGACGGGUGACUCAGAUAUCGAAUCGUGCCGAACGGCACGGAGACUCGGACGACGAUGACGCCAACGGCGAAGUCAGCCGGAUCGAAGACUUUGACGAUGACGACGACGACCCCGACAGUGUUGCAAAGUCGAGAGCGUCGCGCGGAAGGGGAAGGGGGGCCUCAUCCGCUAGAAGAGGUCGCGGCAGAGCCAGAGCUGCUUCAUCUUCCGCGAACACGUCGUCGACGAGAGCUCGAGGCAGGCAGAAGCGUGUUAACCUAUAAAUUACGCUGUGGCAAUUUUUUUUUUGUGGACAGACAAGAUAACAGUGCUUUUCGUAACAAGUUUUUAGAAAUUGGUGUAUAUUGUCAUUCCUGGAGCGUUCCACAAUUUGUCAGGCCGUGGUUUAAGAAAUGCAGUACAAACAGCAUAGGCAUGGGAAAGAAGUUGUGAUAACAUCCCUGCUGCUGCUUUAAUAAAGUACACACACCACUCGUGACUGAACAAAUCAGCUUGUCGAAUGCAGAACAGCAGCUGAGCUGCUCUGUUUCUACUCGCUCUCUCUAAGCAGCUUUGAUUUCCCCUUUUAAUGCUUUUUAUGAAGUAUUGUUUAUGUAAUGAAGCAGUGCAACACUUGUUCAAACCUAAGAUGUUAGUUUUGUCUGUUUCAAACUUUCUAUAUGAUGUUGUUAGUUGGAAAAUCUGGUGUACAUCCUCCUCUUGAAGGGAGAUUAUGAUUACAACAUUCCGAACAACUCUGCAUUUUGUGGUUCCUGGCAACUUUUGCCACCAGAUGUUGGCAACCUGAGUUAAAAUUCUGUCGAGGUGUUUGAAACCUUACAAGGAAUCAUUAGGAAGUGAAGGAAACGGAGAACAGCCAGAAAAUUAUAAUCAGGUAUUUAACAACUUUAGUGUAUUUCUUUCUUGAGGGUGUAACCCUAGUUCUGAGCAGCGAGUUUUAACACGUGAAUGCAUGUUUUAUCAUUGCCAUUUUGUUGGAAUGCUGGUAUGGAGUUGUGGACUGCAGCGUUCGUGGUGAUGUCUUGUGAUGCCAACCAAACUUGUUUUCAUAUCAACCAACCAGUUUGUGCUUCGCCAAGUCACUUAGAGCUAUAUCACUUUUGUUGUCUCUAGCUCGUACGUGUUAGGAUAAAUGUUAUCACAGCGACUCGAAUGUUAUCACAGCGACUUGUGCCAGGAAGUAUGGCUCAACGAAAGACUGUUUCUGCGCAUUCUGGUUGAAAUGCCGCAUCACCAGGUGGUGCGCCAGUGUCCAUGUUGUCCUGUUGUCUAGGACGUUAAUGCCCAAAUGGACACUACAUGCGAGCGAAAACUAUCUACUGUCACAGUAAAGAUAGCCGCUUGCUGGUUAACUGUUUGUGUCUUAUAAAGUGCUUUUAUAUGCAAGUUGUUGUUUCGGUGUUUAUAUUUGUGUUGCAUUUAUGUACACUGACCUUUUGUUGCCAAUAUGUAGGGUAGUGAGGAUAGUUAUGUCUUUGUUACUUCAGCAAUUUUAGCUUGUGGUGAAAAUAGUUGUGGUUUAUGCUCAUACCUCCAAAAAAAUGCAGCAGCUGUAGUUUGUAGGGAAAAUUCUAUCAGGUUAUGCUCCUGCCUCUCAAAAUAAAAAAAGAGGUAGUUGUAGCUUCUGUACGAUUUCUUAAUGGUGCAGAAGAACCCCCGUGAGCAGUGUGACAGGUAACACUUAAGUUUUUGCUUAUGACGCUGUGACGGCUCAAGGUCCAUGUGCUCAAAGACAAAAGUUCAUGUUCUGCAGAAAGACAACAAAGGUACACAUUUACAUGUCAGAUUCAAAUCAGCAUGUCACCUGUAAUGCUUAACAGGAGGCUUUAUGUUAGUGCCAACUUCAAUUUACCUAUUCCUAAUACACGUGAAAUGCUUAAAUAAUCUGAUUAAAAAACUGAUGAACCGAUUUUAAUGAAACUUUAUUGCUCUCAAGAUAGAAACCUCAAUUUCAAUUUAAAAUUUUGAUUUAAGACCUUAUAGAAUAAAAAAAUUGCCAAACAUUGGUAAGUUUUUAGAAAAAAAAGUGAAGUGCACAAUUUACAAAAAGCUAAUUCUGCACAACAAAUAGAUAUUGCAGUUCUGUAAACAGCAUCUAUUAGGGCAUUUGAAGUGGACAAAUGUGAUGCACGAGAUUAAAGUAUAUAAAAGUGUUGCAGUGUUUAUGAAAUUUUUCGAAAAGUCCUACUCGCAAAUUAGUGGUAUAUUUCAGAGCUGUGUAUAACACAUCAUGUUUGUUCACUUUAGAUGGCUCAGUAGAUACAGCUGACACAAUCGUGAUAUCGCUUUUUUUAAUUGCUCACUUCUGUGUGAGCUUGAUAUAUUUAACGAAGUCAAAACAGUGGGAAAGAUAGGACAAUGAAUUACACAAGCGCUGAAGCACCGACCUUCAACUAACAUUUAUUGCAAGCUGCGCACUAAAUAUAAAUACACAAAAGGGAAAGGGAAUUACAUUGUCACUGCAGGGUGACAUUGUGAUUCCUUCUCCCUUUUGUGUAAGUAUAUUUUGUGCGCAGCAUGCAGUAAACUUUAGUUGAAGGUCAGAGCUUUGGCGUUUGCGUUCUUGCUUAAUUGUCCCCUCAUUCACGCUGCUUAGACCUCAAUAGGUGCCAGCUAGCCCAUGCCGAAGUUCUGGUUGAUAUACUUUUUUUUGUUUCUUUUAAAUUUUGUGAUUCAAAAAUUUUUGUAAGCAAGUUUGUGGCCUAAAUUUGAAAAAAUCUAUUCGCUACAGUCGGUAGAUAUUAACUGCUUCCUUUAAUGCAACAUGCAUAUUCGAAUUAGGUGCAGUGGAUGCCAAGCAAAAUGAUUUCUUUGUUCUCACGUAUUUAGAUAAUGCUACUGAAGUUAAUAAAGCUUCCUCUUAAGUCACAGCACGCUCGGUGCUCUCUGCCAUGCGUCCAUGUCAAAAAUGAGAAAGAACAUGAGAUUUGGUUUUAAGCGAGGAUUACUGUAAAAUUUGGGUGUAUAGCGAGCAUCCAUACAUAAUAUGGGAAGCAGUUUUGGGGAUUCUUCGUUUUUUGGUACAUCAUCUUUUCAGUUGUAAAGGAUAAAAAAGCUCUUACCCUUGUUAAAAAAAAGAAAAACUUAAACACUACAUGAGAAUGCAGAAUACAACGUCGCAUAUUCACAUAAUAUACUGUAUGUUAUGAUACUUGGCGAUGUGUGCAUCGGAUAUUACAUGUAAAUGUGUGCCGAGGUUCUUUCCCAUUGAACACGUCUUGCAAAGUGCUUUUUUGUUCAUCAUUUAUGUUCAGACACUUUGGCCUUUUGGGUGGAAUUUUGAUUGUUUCAUACCUUUUGUGGAUCUACCUGACUUUGUUGAGGCAGUACCAUAUGUUAAGGGUCAGUUUUCAUUGAAAGCCCAUGUAGUGCCUCGAGUUCAAAUUGCGUAGGAGGUCUAACACGAUCUGUGUGCAGCGAAAGGCUAUUGCUGCCAGUGGUACCUCCCGCAUUAAUAUCUGCUUCUUUGCGUGUAAAUACUUUAGGCUCAAAUUUUAAUUUAGUUUGUAGCUGAAAAGCUGUAGCUGUUGUUUUUAUUACCACCGUAAUUAAAGGUUUGUUGUCGCUCACUUAUUCGCACUUAGUAAAAAUUUGGCUAUGUAAAAGGAUUCUGAAACAGGGCAGACAGUAUCUGUGAUGGUCAUGUGCAGAUGUUAUUAAUAAGAAUGUGCACACUUUUACGAAUUCUAAUGUCAGUGGAAAUUAAAGAUAUAUUUUUUUUUGUAA